UCUGAUAGUAACCAGUUACGGUUGAGAGAUGUCAAGGCCUCAGCACCCAGCAGUGUACAGCCAGGUCUCACAGGUCCUUCUGGUCCACAUCAGAAGACUUACAGCCUGAACCUGAAGGCUGGAGCUCCUCCAUCUUCAUAUAAGGUGCCAAAACCAAAGAAGAUUGGACCAAUACAACUUUGGGCCCGCCGCAAUCCAUACAAAUUUCACUUCCUUGCUGUCACUCUUGGUGUCUCCAUACUCUUUAGCAGGCCAAUCUAUGAUAUAUUCAUAAAGGGACCCAUUGAAGGCCCAAGACCUAGGUAAGAAGCUAGGUUCUCCAUUGUAAAAAGUGUGUUGGCAGGAUGGAAACAGCAAAGAGGGCUCAAAGUCGAUUGCGACUGUAUCCCAAGUUGGUUGGAGAGUGCAGUCCAUCUGCUGUGGAAUAUGCUCGCUGUGUGGCACUUAGAGAGAAUAUUGUAAAAGAUGAUUGUUCUGCAGAGUUUCAGAAGUUUAAAAAGUGCAUCACUGAAGCUGCUAAGAAAAUGAAAAUAAGAGUAUAGUAAGCCUAUUAGUAUUGUUAAAAUAUUUUUCACCAUAAUUGUGAGACAUAGGUCUUUGUGUGCUUUCAUGGUAUAGGUGUGUUAUGAAGUAGAACUGACACUACUGGAAUAAAAAAAACUGAAGUAGUAAAGGUUUCUCUCACAAUGGGGCUUGGUACUCGAGGGUCACGGUCAUCCUCAGCUGAGGUCAUACAGGUCCACAUGUUUCUUGGGUUUCUGGUGAGAUUAAUUUUUGUCUCAUAUGGAGAAUACCAUGACCGGACUAAUGUUCUGAAAUACACUGAUGUAGACUACCACGUGUUCACCGAUGCAGCACGGGAGGUUGUGGAAGGUGGGUCACCAUUUGAUCGCCACACAUACAGAUACACUCCCUUUUUGGCUUGGCUCUUGAUGCCAAAUGUACAAUUAAAUUUUGCUUUUGGAAAAUUGUUUUUCUCUUUUCUAGACUGUUGUGCUUCUCGUAUCAUAUAUGAAAUUUUAAUACUGGAUGGUCAGAGUAAGAUAACAUCCUUGAAAUGUUCCUUCUUGUGGUUAUACAACCCACUAGUGAUUGGGGUGUCCACACGAGGAAGUGCAGAAUCAAUAAUGGCAGUGUUGGUCUUGCUCACUGUUUACAUGAUGAAAAUGAGGCUUCAUAUUUUAGCUGGCAUCUUUUUAGGUGCUUCAGUUCAUUUUAAAUUGUACUCAGUAAUUUAUUGUCUUCCCUUAUACUUGUCCUUAUCUAGUGUCAAUCAGCAAGUAAUUGGCUGGAAGCAGUUUCUGCCUAAUUAUUCAAAAAUGAGAUUGGUAUGUGGCACGGUUGUGGCAUUUGUAGGUCUUACUGGCAUGGGAUUUAUUCUUUAUGGUGAGCAAUAUAUUGAAGAAGCUUUCCUCUACCAUUUUUCUAGAAUUGACACAAGGCAUAAUUUCUCUGUGUACUUUUAUCUCCUUUAUAUUGGGGCAGACUUCCACAUCCCAGGUUUAAGUGUUGCUACAUUUGGUCCUCAGCUGAUACUGGUGCUGGCUCUUGGUUAUAAAUUCAGGAAUCGUUUUGAUGUACCUUUUGCACUCUUUACUCAGACAGUUGUGUUUGUCACAUUUAAUAAGGUUGUAACAUCUCAGUACUUCAUGUGGUACCUUUUGCUGCUGCCUUUGGUGGUGCCACGGCUCAGUGUUUCCUGGCAGAAAGCCUUCGUGCUUGCCUCACUCUGGGUGGGAGCUCAAGCUUCCUGGCUCCUUCCAGCAUACUUACUUGAGUUUCAUGGAAUUAAUGCAUUUGUGCCUAUAUGGCUGGAAGGUAUUGCUUUUUUCUGCUGUAAUGUUGGUGUGUUAAUGGCAUUGUUGUCAAGCUACCGGCCACUUCCUCCACUGCAUCAUCUUAGCUCCAGGAAAAAUAGAUAGAGAGGUUGUUUAGCAUGAGGAUCUUAACAUUAAAGUAACAUUUUUGUUUUAUGUUCAAGAAAAUACAUUUGAAAGUUGGAACAAAACUAAUUUUUAUAUACAUACAGUUCAUCCAGAAGUCUGCUCCAGAAGUCUGCUUAAUGCUCACCUUUUACACUGGUCUCAACCAUUUCUGUAUGUACUAUUAAUAGACCUUACAUGUAUGAUCAGUAUGUACUCUUCUAUUAGGAGGUGAAGAGAUCCCUAUUUUCAUAAUUCUCCAACAAUGCAAGCUUGUUCUUUUUAUUAAAUUCCUUAUUAGCUCAUCAUUGAUAUCUGUGUAUGCAAUACUUUUUACUUUUAAUAUGUGCUCAUAAUAAAUGGAAAUGAGGCAUGUGCCCUCACCAGUUCAUCUGAAGCUGGUGCCACACUAGCCAAGUGAACCCCUUUCUCAGUGUGCUGGGUGUUUUCUUGGCUGCAAAAUUUAGUCAGAAAUUAGAUGGAAUCUUCAGUGGAAGGACUGGCACCCAGGCCUCAUAAAUUAUCUGAAAUGAAGAUAGAAUUAAUAUAAAUCAAUAAUGUACUUUGUCAUUAGGCCCUUUUGCAGAAAUUUUCAGAUGUGCUCUGCAACUGACCUUUACACAGUAUGGUGCAGUGAAAAUUGGUCCUUUUACCUAGAGGCCCACUGUGCAGGCCAAUAUGUAAGGGAAUGUUUGUGAAUAUGUGUAUUUAGACACCUCUUUAAGUUUUGUCCUCACGAUUGAACAGUGCCAGGUGAAUUUUGUCCAUUCACUGGGCAAAGUCUGUGUCAUACUCACUGGGACACUGGAUGGUUUUACUCUGCUGCUGGUGGCUAAUGGGUGGUUGUCAGAUGGCCAUAUCUGGAGAUUUUGCUCAGCCAUGGGCAUGAGCAUUCCAUUGGUUUGCUUGUCAAUUUUGCCUCAACAGUGGACAUCAAGCGAGUGCCCAUCAUGCUAUGCUUGAUCGUGUGGACAGGGCCAAAGUGAUGUCUACCUAGUAUGUUAACAAAUAUGAAGGAAAAAUUCAGUUUUUGCAUUUUUUAACCAUGUGAUGUUUCUCUUGUAGUGCAGCAAAAUAGAUUUUAUUCAAAUAGCUUGAAACAAUAACAAACAUGGCUUUAGGAAGGAAAAUCACUUUAAAUGCUGAGCUUCAUCCACCACGAAUCAUUGUUGAAUUUUUUUGGUCCUUUAUAAAACCAUCUUGCUUUUCUGCUGUUUUGCCAAGGUAGAGUAUGUUCAUGUGUUGUGUUCCUUCAGAUGAUGCCUAUGUAGUAGACUUUACCCAUUUUGACACUGCCAUAUUGAUUUUGUUUUUUUCAGUGCACAAAUUUUCAAUGAUUGUUAAAGUUCUUCAAAUCCUAAGGAAGUUAAUCUACUAGGAUGUGAAUGUAAAUAUGUACAUAUACAAGCUUGCUUUAGUCAUUGAGUAGUUUUUUUUGCCACAUGUCAUUAUACAGAGCCCUACUUAUUCAGGAAAUAGUUUGAUACAUGCUGCACUGUCAAAAAAGAUAGUGGGGCUAAAUAUAUAUCAUAGUGCAGAGGAAAGUAAUGUUGGCUUAUCUAGUCAUUGCAUGGAAGAUGAUACUGUUGUGCAUGGAUGUGUGCAAAAUAAGCUGUGACUAAACUGAACUUAUACAGGGUUGCUCAUGUUGACUUUUCCAGCCAUUAUGCAAAAGACAAGUAUUAUACAUAAAUAUGUGCAAAAUAAACAUCAAUUUGAAA